CAUGAGGGCCGUUCUAGUUCUGGUCAUUGUAAAUUGUGUAAUUGGUUUGUCACGGGCAGCAGUGAACUCGACAUGCUCAGCAACAACAGCGUGUGACGACGCCAAGAAUGAAGUUUGCGAGAAUGGAUAUUGUAAGAUAAAAAUUGAGGGUACGUGCGAAGUUGAACAGACUCAACCAACGACAACAGCCCCUGUACAAGCGCAAACUACAGCCCCGACAGCAGCCCCAGGGCAAACAUCAGCCCCAACACCAACCACAGGGCAAACAGCAGACCCAGGGCAAACAGAAGCCCCAACACCAGACCCAGGGUUAACAGAAGCCCCAGAAGCAGCCCCAGCAGAGCAAUUAGCUGGAAAUAAUGAAAGAAAGCGUCGUGCAGCACCAGCAACCAUGACCAUGCCACCAAUGACGAACAAACAAGAGUGCGUGGAAAAUUCGUGGUGUAGAAAACCGACUGGGAGUACGGAGUGGACAUGCCAAUGUAAGGAUGGAUAUGACAAGGAUGACAACGGAUUCUGUGAGGAGGCUAAAAGCUCAGCAUCAAGUCUUCGAUUCGGAAUUUUCACUUUUGCAUUGAACCAUGGAGAAGAGGAUCUACAAGCAACAGUGUGUGGCUUUGACUAUUAAAUAUUGUAUUUUGUUUUCGCCUUUUGUAUGUUUGAGUUGAG